AAUGUCUCGCAGGUAUCUGGUUUGACGAACCACGAUGCGUGCGUGGUGCAUGUGUGUGCGUAUCGUGUGAAUUUUCGCAGGUGGUGAUUUUUCGUGCAGAACGAAUAUCCGAGAUCUGCCGGUGGACGGACGCUAAUCGAAACAAGGAGACGCGAGUUCGAGGCGCCGUGAUCGCGGGGCGUAUCCCAAAAUCGUGGCGGAGAAACGGUCCUGCUUUCGUCCAGUAAACUUCGUCGUGCUACGUGCGUCGUGUUUUGUCGUGUUCCGUGAGAAAAUCGUAAUUCUGUAAAAAAGAAAGUGCGAGUGAGAACAAAUCGAAGGGGUUAAAUAUCAGCUAAUCAAGGGAAAUUGAUUUGACAUGACGACCACCGAGCUGACUCACCUUCCUGAACGAUGUCGAAUCACUUUGUAACGAAUUUUGAAAAAUUCUAUUUUUAAACAAUAGUCAGUUAAACAAUAAUCUUCAAACAGCAACCAAAAAAUCUUAUUUAUUAUCAUCAAACGUCUCACUGUGAAUCACUGCCAAUGUGUAACUCAGCCGACGAUUCUUACGUACAAAAGCUAGGUUAUCUGCAACUCGGGGAUGAAUCCACUGACGCCGGUGGUGCCGGGUCGGGUACCGGCAGGGUCACGGGAUCACGACCUGAGGCUCAGGUACCCGUGUCGAGGAAUGUCAUAAGCAGAACAGAUGCCAGAGGACCUGGUAGACCAGUUGGUGCUAUUGAAAGUUUCAUUGAGAGCAAUGCUGACACUUGCAGGCAGUCAGCAGCUGAUUACAAGCUAUAUGAACGUGAAAAUAUAAUAGCUGCAUCAAGAUUUCCCACACCAAAACCAGUAGAGCAAAUCAGUGCACAGCAGCAACAAAAUCAAAACCGUAUGAGUCAUCAGCAAGCACCAGUAUAUGAAAAUAUUGACUAUUAUCCGCAACAAAAUCAACCUCAUCCUCCAUAUUAUCAUCCAGUGGAAUCUAGGAAGAGCCCUAAGAGUAGUCCUAGGGGAUCUUUAGCAGGUGAAUCCUAUGAACCUACAUUUAGAAAAGCACAACCACAGGUUCCUACUGGGAAUCGAUAUCAAUCUGCAUCACCAGCAAAAGAAUUACCUCCAUAUGAGGCACCUCCUGUAUAUGAAAAUAUUCAGGAGGUGCAUUUCCCAGAAAACACACAAAAUAAACCAGGCCCUCAGGUUCCACCAAAUUAUUAUCACCCAGCAACAAUUAAUGGCGGUGAUUAUGUUGUUAUGACAGGAAAAGUGGGCCAAGCACAAAAUCAAAGAGGUAUGACACAAAAUUUAUCAUACACACAACAAAGAGGAAGCAAUAUACGUGGUCAAAGUUAUGAUGGCUCUAGUUUACAACGCUGUGUUGAUUCAUCCACAUCAAGGUACUUACAAGGAUCUUCUUCAUCUUUAGAUCAUCAAGCUGGUAGAAGUGCUUAUGUUCCACCAUCUGAACUACAAACACCAACCCGAAAUUUUAAUUAUAAUUCUGAGCAACAACAACAACAUUCUCCCAGAUCUGGACUUCCUUAUCAUAGUGAGUCACCACCGAUACGCUUACCUCCAGAGCCACAUCAUUAUCGUGGAUCUGUGGAUAGUUCAAUGAGUGGACAGCAUGGAUUUAGAGCUUCAAAUCAUAUAGAAACUGUACAACAGUCUCAAUACCGCCAGGAUAGUCCCCAAAGUUACAAAUCUUACAUAGAAUCACCCGCAAGAAGUACAAAUACAAAUAUUACUGGAGAGACUCAGGCCAGAAACUCACCUGUCUAUGGUGCGAGACAAGGAGAGCAAUCUGCUUGCCGCAAUUCUCCCUGUUAUUCUCCAAGUAGAAUGUUACCAUCAAAUGAGAGAAACUAUCAUCAUCAAGAACCUAGAUCAGAAUUUCCUGUCAGAAAUUCUCCAAUAUAUUCAUCGAACAGAUCAUCAGAACACUUAAGAUUAAGUAAUUUACAGAAUGAUAGAAGUUUUGUUCAGGAUACAACUGAUCCUUCUGAUACAUCAAAACCAUCACCUAUGUAUUCACCUAGCCGUAGUGAUUCUUCCAGAACCGUAGCCAAUAAUAAUAGUACAAGAGGUUCUCCAAAAGUAAGUCCAACUCACAACCAGGUAUCGUCCGAUACAGUCGCGCAAAAUGUGGUUAAUUCGCCAAGACACGUGUCACCAUCUUCCGCAAGCAAUAUUAUCGGAAGUCCUCUACGUGGUCAGGUACAAACACCAGUGACCACUGGUGCACCAAACAUCGCAGAAUCUGAUCCAAAUGUUCAUGGGCCUAGAAUCACCAGUCUCCCUCCAGGGGUGACCAGUGGUGUAGCCGGCCCAGUCUUUUUAAAUGCCGGUGUACCUGUAUUGCAAAGGCCACCCGAACCUGAACUUGAAGAAAGAAAGUCAGUCAGUCCACCGAUCAAACCGACAUCCGGCAAGGGACUACUACCCUACAAUGUUAUACCACCUAGACCUUCCGGACCCACCGAAGCAGAGAGGAAAAUAGAAGAAUUGACAAGACAACUCGAAGAGGAGAUGGAGAAGCAAGAAGAAGAAGGGGAAUACUUUGGUAUUUGUCACACAUGCGGUGAAAAAGUAACGGGGGCGGGUCAGGCCUGCCAAGCUAUGGGCAACCUUUAUCACACAAAUUGUUUCAUAUGCUGUUCCUGUGGAAGAGCGUUACGCGGUAAAGCGUUCUAUAAUGUCCACGGAAGAGUAUACUGCGAGGAAGAUUAUCUGUACUCUGGUUUCCAACAAACUGCUGAGAAGUGCGCAAUCUGUGGUCACCUCAUUAUGGAAAUGAUAUUACAAGCUAUGGGGAAAUCCUACCAUCCAGGAUGCUUUAGAUGUUGUGUUUGUAACGAAUGUCUUGAUGGUGUUCCCUUCACGGUUGACGUUGACAAUAAAAUUUACUGUGUUAACGAUUACCAUAGGAUGUUCGCGCCAAAGUGUGCUUCCUGUGGAAAGGGAAUCACUCCAGUUGAGGGUACAGAGGAAACCGUAAGAGUUGUUUCCAUGGACAAAGAUUUCCAUGUAGAUUGUUACGUUUGCGAGGAUUGUGGUAUGCAACUGACCGACGAACCGGACAAACGAUGCUACCCACUCGAUGGUAGGCUUAUGUGUCGUGCGUGCCACAUCCAACGCAUAUCCCACACGCAACCCAGAGCUCCACAGCCAGUAUCAGCUAGUUAUCAAUUUAUGGGAUAAGUUAAAUAUAUUAAGUUGAAUGUUUAAAAUUCAAUUGCAUAUCGGUCAUCCGGUAAUGAACAUCGUUAAGAACUGACUGAACAAAUCGAUCUAUUAUUAACGUAAAGCUUACACGUGUCUAUCCUCUACGAAAUAGAAAUUUAUAGAAAAAAUACAGUUAUCGAUAUUUACAAUAUAAUUAAUCAAUGUUUACAGAAGUAAUACAGCUUUAUUGUUCCUCUAAAAUGUGAGAGGUUUGACGUGAUCUAGCAAGACUGGAUAUUUGCAAAAUCGAAAUAUCUACACUGCCUUUUGGGAUCAUCUAGAAUCUAGAUUAUAUAGUCAGGGCGACGUUUGAUCUUUUUUUAGCAAUGUAUAUUAUUCCGUUUUUAUGAGAAAUAAUUUCCCAUUGACAGCUAUUAAUAUAGGUUAGUAGUAUAUUUAA